AUGAAAUACAUCUCAUUUAGUUUAGUUGUAUCUUUACUUUUUGCGGGCUAUGUUAUUCAUAUAAUAUGGAAUUUAGCUGAACUUUUUAUACCGCCGGAAUGCCGUCGUGGCGAAAGAUGUAUAAAAUCAUAUUUAUCGUCGAAUCCUGUACAAUGUUUGGUUCUAUUUACUUCUGUUGCUGAAAAUCCUUAUAGAAAUGAAGUUUCCGGUGCAACAGUUAAUAAAGUUCAUACAUCAUUGAAAUUUGACUACAGAAAACCCGCUAAUAUGGUUGUGAAUUUGAAAAUACCUCGUCGUACUCGGAAUAAUGGAUCGUUUUUUAUGCAUGCUGUGCUUUUGGAAGAGAAGCACUUAUAUGAUAAUUUUGCGGACAUCUUUCGCAGAGAGGCAGUGCAAACAUUACCUCUUGUUACGUUUUUGGAACCACAGGCAGAAACCUUUAACCUCUUGAAAGGAAAAGAGGUGAAAAAAUCUACAACGACUAAAAUUAGACCUUAUGCACACAUAUCAACAUUGGCACCAUUGUCUGUAUUGACUGAUGACUUAAAUCUGCCACUAAACAAAAUUCCUGGUGAAAUGUACCCAUAUAUAAAGGUAAAAAACGAAAGGUUCCUACCAAUAAUUCAGCAUAGUGUUUUAAAAUCCCGCAUAUCUCACUUGCAACUAUUAAACAGUAGUAUGUCGGAAGUAAACAUCACUGUUGAAGUGGCCCCCACAUCAUAUGGAGUGUUGAGAUUGGCUCUGCAUGUGAGGUUGGCUCUAAAACAACUACAAACCCUUGGUUUUAGUGAAAAAGAUGUUGAUGAUGUGAAGGGAAUAUUUGCUGAUACAAAUCUAUACCUUCUCUCAGCCACUGUCUUGAUUGCUAGUUGUCAUCUCCUAUUCGACUUUCUAGCCUUCAAAAAUGACGUAUCAUUUUGGCGCAGUAAGCGUUCGUUGGCUGGUCUAUCGGCUCGUACAGUAUUCUGGCGAGCUUUCUCACAGAUGGUCAUCUUCUUUUAUUUGGUGGAUGAACAGACUUCCUUAUUGGUGCUAAUACCAGCUGGUAUUAGUGCUAUUAUUGAGUUGUGGAAAGUAACGAAGGUGUUACAUUUGAGAGUAUCCCUGAGUGGUUGGAAGAUAAGGGUAUGGCGUGACAAUAGUGUGGAUGCAGCUGAAAAGAGUACUGUCCAAGCUGAUGCUGAAGCUAUGCGUUACUUGGCUAUGCUGUUGUACCCACUGUGUGUAGCGGGUGCUUUCUACUCACUGUAUUAUGAACCGCACAAAAGCUGGUACUCAUGGGCGCUGCACAGCGUCGUGAACGGCGUCUACGCGUUCGGUUUCCUCUUCAUGCUGCCUCAGCUGUUCGUUAACUACCGUCUCCGAUCUGUGGCCGCGCUGCCUUGGCGCGCUUUCAUGUACAAAGCCUUCAACACGUUCAUCGACGAUGUCUUCGCCUUCAUCAUAACUAUGCCGACGGCCCAUCGCGUGGCCUGCUUUAGAGACGACUUGGUGUUCCUUGUGUACCUCUAUCAGAGAUGGUUAUAUCCAGUAGAUAAGACCCGUACUGAUACAUCUGCGAGUAUGGACGAAAAUCCCGAAGAACUGGAACCCAUUAAGCCAAAGAGAGAAUAA